AACAGCUGCAGCGGGAUGUCUCGGUGCCUGGUUGGUCUGUCCAUGCUCUUCUUGCGCCUUUCUGAAGGUGUCCAGUUGACUGGCCUGACGGCGUCUGCGUCAACGACAAGAUCGACGUCUUUUCUGUCUGAAUAUGCUGUAGAUGGAAAUGUCGCCACAGGAUGGAUGUCUUCAACAUCCGCAUCAUACUCGUACAUCCAGGUCAACCUCCAGGGCUACUAUGUGGUCAACACAAUCACUAUCUUUGCUGGACCAACGUUUGAUGAAUCACGACGUGCAGACAACGCCGCGGUCAAACUGCUCUUCUCCCCUGAUCCGACCUCGCCAAACACGUGCACCUGCGGUACCACGCCAAGUAGCGUCCCGAUGGGGAGUUCCUUCGUCAUACAAUGCUCAUCCGGGUGCUCAGCCAGUCAUCUCAUUAUUACAAAGUCUGCCAGCUUGUCGUUCGCGGAAAUAAUUGUUGAUGCAUCACACAUAGAUGUAGGUCAAGGUCAAUUUGGAACUGACCUCACCAUCAUGGUCAUAGCAAACGUCCUCGUCGACGUAGACGACGAGAUGAGCCUGUUUAAGACCUGA